AUGUCCAAUUAUGUAUGCAAAGGUUUUCGUGCAGUGGGCAAAUGUCAAGGAGUCAUGUUCCGACAAACCAUUGUAAGGAGUAUGAGUAAUCAUGGAAUUAAAGGAGGAGCGAGUAAUGAUAAAAACAAUGAAAAUCUCGUAUGGAUUACCAUGGAAGGUGAUGAAGAUAAGAUUAAUGAAUUUUCAAAGAAAUUAAUGAAUACAAAGCCUUUAAAUUCAUGGGGAGCACAAUUGGAAUCACUUUCAGAAGUUCCGAAACAUGAAAUUAUUUCUCUCGAUAAGCAUCAGGUCACUACGAACAAUGUGGAUUCCUUUAAAUGGAAAAAGAAUGUGGAAUUUUAUUUAAAGUAA